AAUGGUAGCCAUAGAUAAUUAAAGAUAGCUGGCAGUGAAGGUAGUAAACAUUAUGCUUCUACUUUCUACUAUCGAAAAUACAGGAAAUUUUACAAAAACAGUCCCUAUCGUAGAUUAUACACAUUAUUAAAAUAAAAUACAGUUUCUACUAUUUUCUACUGUACAUAGUCUUUCCAUGACACAUAAAUUGUUGUUGGCUUAUAUAUAAUUAUAUAUUACACUUAGGUGGUUAGUCUUGCCUGCAAAGAAGAAACUUAUGGGUUUAUUUUCUGUUGAAAUGGCUUAAUUUUCAAUCAAGCCAGUACAUUAGUAUUCUCGUGAUAAGCUUAACUAUCUACAAUAUUAACUAAAUUAACAGGAUAGACUGAUCAAAAUGUGGCGAUCAACACUAACACUAUUAAGAAAAAUUGUGGUUCCGUCGCUGAAAGAGAAUUUGCAGCAAUCCAAAACAUUAUUUUCCACUAAGUCACGGCCUAGAUCGACGGUGAGGUUAACACUCAUCAGUGCCGGGAUAGGAGUUCUUGUUGGAGCUGGCUAUGGAGGUUAUACACAUUACAAAAUAAACGCGAAAAAACGUACACUUCCUCAAGAAAACGAAGAAUAUGCAUUUUUAAAGCAAGCACCCAAGUACACACCGCAGUAUUGUGUUAUAAAUGAUUCAGAUACUAGUAAUCUUAGCUUAGUUCUGUUCCAAUACAGAACCUGUCCAUUUUGCUGUAAAGUCCGUGCCUAUCUUGAUGCCCGUGGUAUCAGUUAUGAGGUAGUUGAAGUUGAUGCUGUACUUCGUCAAGCAAUCAAGUGGUCUGGUUAUAAAAAAGUGCCUAUUGUCCUCGCUAAAGUGGAUGGAGGGUACCAGCAAUUACUUGAUAGUACAGCAAUAAUAUCUAUCCUUGAAACAUAUUUAUUAGACAAAAAAUCUCAAUUAACUGAAAUCAUAAAAUUUUAUCCUGUAUCUCAAUUUGUUAAUGAUGCAGGGAAGAACAUAACAGAAAUUACCAAUAAAUAUUUCAUAAUGCAUAAUUCUCCAUUAAGUAAUGACAACGAGAAGUCUGCAGAAUUAGAAGAACGGAAAUGGCGCCAAUGGGCUGACACUGUUCUGGUGCACACAUUAUCACCAAAUGUUUAUCGGACACCGGGUGAAGCUUUAGAAACAUUCAAAUGGUUUGAACAAGCGGGGCGCUGGAAAGAAUCGUUCCCGGGCUGGGAAUGUGCACUCAUGGUUUAUGUCGGAGCUGCAGCUAUGUGGAUGAUUGCCAAACGACUUAAGAAAAGACACAAUAUUAGUGAUGAUGUCCGUCAGUCUCUUUAUGAUGCAGCAAAUGAAUGGACUAUCGCAGUAAACAAAAAAGGAAAACGAUUUUUUGGCGGGGAUGCCCCUAAUUUAGCAGAUAUCACUGUGUACGGAGUGUUAAGUAGCAUUGAAGGUUGCAUGGCAUUCAAAGAUUUAAGAAACAAUACUCAAAUCGCGAAGUGGUAUGAUGAUGUUAAAAACGCAAUAGAGAGCAGGAUGGGUAAAGUAGAAAUGGCUCACGCAUAAUCCAUUUCAUUGAUAUUCAUGUGCCUUAUACUUUUUAUUAAAUAUUUACACACAGGGUGGGAAUAAUGGUAUUGCCCUCGGGGGUGGUAACGCUUACUCGUGCUCUUUUAGAAACGAUCAGAAGCACUGUUGAAACUAAAAUGCAUAAAAUUAUGAUAUCGAAAAUAAACGUCUUUUGUGUGUGACUAGUUUGGCAUGGUACCCUUUAAGGUGAUAACGUCGGUCCCACUCUGUCGAAUUCGUUGUGUUAUUUAAUAUUCUACAGUAUUGUUGCUUCACUAAGAUUACGAGAUACUGUUAUGUCAAAAGUUAUUCAUUUUCAUUUAUAGUUAGAUUCAUUAAAUGCGAAUAGAUUGUAAUAAAAUGUACGAGCUCAUAAAAAAAAUCUGUUUACCACCAUUGGUUACUCGACUUUUUAGUCUAUCUUGUAAUCUUUUAUAAUGAUGAUCUUCACUAAAGUGGCGGGAACUUGUUGGGACAUCAAUAAGCUUAGAACCACAGAAGUCAUGUUCAGUCAUUUAGUUCUUUUUCUUCACACUUGGUAGUUUCUGAUUAUUGUGGUUAAUAAUCUAUAACUAUUAUAUCACUUUUGUCGAAGAAGCAUUAAAUUAAAAAUAAAACAGUACAAAAUCAUUCACCACGUUUCUUUUCACAUUUGUAAUUCAUUAAAAUUGUAUAAUUUCAAUAAAAAAACAAAAAAUAGAUAUAUAUAUUUCUGUGUUAAGUUAAGCUUAAAGAGUUCGAAGGCAAGUUCUAGAAAUAUUUUAGCAGUCGAUUAGUAGUCAAAAAUAACUAAAAACAUGUGAUAAUUUCAUUAAUACGAUAGGUGACCGUUGUUUUUGCGUUACCUUUCUAUUUCAAAAGUUAAUGAAAUAUGAUUUUAAUUGAUUACAAGUAAUUGACAAUAUAGAAAUUAAAAAAAUACUGAAAUUUCACAUAAAUAUAUAUCAGUAUGUAUGUUAAGUUGUUAUGAUUCUAAGUUAAUUUUGUUGUAUGUAUGUAGUUUAUGAAAUAUGAAUUCUAUUACACUCGAGAUCUCGUUUCGCAUUGGCCAAGGAUAUUGUGCGAAAUGAACGAUAGGUAAUCGUUUUUUGUAGCAUGCAACAUUACAGUGAACAUUAGUUUCAAAAAAAUGGUCAUUGUGUAAGAGAUUGUUGAGAGAAAAGCUCAACUACACGGAAGUAUUAAACUAAUGUGAUGUUAUUUCUUGAAAUUAAAGGCAUUAAUUGUUGUUAAA